ACUUCCGAACUUUCUUGAACACUCUCGUACUUCGUGUAGCAGCUUGCGGCAAUCCAAUCCGCGGUACACAAUAUUCUCGUAGGGAAAUACUUCAGCUUGCAGUCUCCGCUUCCAGCACAUUACAAAUUACCCAAUUAUGAAAAAGUGCUAGUGAAAAGUAGCGACAACAUGCAACAUAGACAGUUGCUUGCUAAGAACCAUCGGAGCGCCUUGAAAAGUGUAGCCCACCUACACAUAAACACCAUUUUAUACAGAGUCAUCACCGGAAAAAAAUCCUAGUUAAUUCGUGUGUUGUUCCGUGCGAAGGUUUACGAGAAGGUGAAACACUCGGCCAAAUGGAUCCGAAGAUAGGUGUUGGCCGGUAGCGGCUGUUGAGGCAGGCGAGUGUGCGAUUGUGAGGUUACGCAGUGUUUUGUUUUCUUAAAUUUAGUUUUUUCGCAUUUAGUGCCGCCGGAAACCUUCUACGGUGCUUAUCUACGCAUGUUGGCAAUGUCUUCGAAAAAUGAGCUGAAGAAAUUGUCGGAGGAAAGCUUAACUCGCCAACCAGAUGAGGUGUUCGAUAUUCUUUGCAAGCUCGGCGAAGGUAGCUAUGGAUCGGUGUACAUGGCUUUGCAUAAGGAAAGUGAGCAGGUGCUGGCGAUAAAGCAGGUUCCCGUGGACACGGAUCUCCAGGAAAUCAUCAAGGAAAUCUCCAUCAUGCAGCAAUGUGAUUCGCCGUACGUCGUCAAAUACUACGGCAGUUACUUCAAAAACACAGACCUCUGGAUCGUGAUGGAGUACUGCGGGGCGGGUAGUGUAUCAGACAUAAUGCGUUUGCGCAAAAAAACUCUAUCGGAAGACGAAAUCGCCACGAUCCUGAUCGAUACACUGAAGGGAUUGGAAUACCUACAUUUGCGACGAAAAAUUCAUCGUGACAUUAAAGCGGGCAACAUACUGCUUAAUUCGGAGGGUCACGCCAAGCUGGCUGACUUCGGUGUUGCCGGUCAGUUGACAGAUACGAUGGCCAAACGGAAUACCGUUAUUGGUACGCCCUUCUGGAUGGCACCAGAGGUGAUCGAGGAGAUCGGAUAUGAUUGUGUGGCGGAUAUUUGGUCACUUGGUAUAACGGCCUUGGAGAUGGCUGAAGGGAAACCUCCGUACGGGGAUAUUCAUCCUAUGAGGGCAAUAUUUAUGAUCCCGACGAAACCGCCACCAUCAUUUCGUGAUCCGGACAUCUGGUCACCGGAAUUUAUCGAUUUCGUUAGUUUGUGUCUUGUAAAGAACCCGGAGGAGAGAGCCACUGCCACCGAUUUGUUAACUCACGAAUUCAUCCGUAAGAAGGCGAAGGUGACGAGAAAAGUUGUAGUGCAAUUUAAUUACUGUGAUCUAUUCGGUAUUCUAGGAAACGCCAAACCAUGCAGUAUACUUAACCACAUGAUUGCGGAAGCAAAAGAGAUCCGAGAAAACCAAAGCUACAGGCAUGCAGCAGCCAUCAGCCAAGCAAACAAGCAACUGCAAAACAACAAUAAUAGUAAUGGCAAUAAUGGUCACGAUGGUGGUGGCGAAUCGGAUGAUGACGAUCAGCUGAACUCGCGUACGAUGAAGGAAUUUACGGCAGAUUGCGGCACACUGGUUCCUGGACGGAGCGACGAGGGGGAUGGCACUAUGAUUGCUCAUACGGACUGCGGUACACUUGUGCCAGACAAUGGAACCAUGGUUGAGCUUCAAUCGAACCUAGGAACGAUGGUGAUUAACUCCGAUUCGGAGGAAUCGACCAUGAAAAGACACGAUACGAAUCCAGACAAACCAAAGUACCGUCCCUUGUUUCUCGAUCACUUUGACAAGAAGGAAGCGGAAGCGGCCAGCUUCGGCAACAGCAAGGUGGCUGAAGUCAACAAUCACCAUCAUCAACAGCUGCAAAUUGGUUGCUUCGACGACGAUGGUUCGCCUGGUGAUCUGGACGUAAAUCAAUCACCGGAUAGUACUCCCGUAACACUAUCAGCUUCUCCUCAGAACUUGCAGAACGAACAAAUACGCCUUGUUGAACCAAUAGUAGCUACAUCACAGCAACCUCAGCCACAGGUCAAAAAAUCUGGCAACAGUCCGAUUUUAGCGAGUCCGGGCAAGGUCACUCCUUCCGCUCCGCCAUUGUCGCAGGGCUACGACGAACAUCAGCUGCAACAGCACCAACAACAAAAGGCGCAACAACAAUUUAAUGACGAACGACAACGAUAUCAAUCGCACCUGCAGUUGCAACUCAACCAAAUCUCGGGGGUGAGCCCUAACGUGCACCAGAUGCAAUUUCUUCAGCCAACGGCAGCAGAAUACGAUGCGCUUAAGUUUCUCAACUAUGAACAGUUGGAGCAACGUUUGGCCAGCCUUGACAAGGAGAUGGAAAAAGAGCUGGCGGAAACGAAGAAGCGUUACACUGCCAAACGGCAACCAAUACUGGAUGCAAUCGAAGCCAAGCAACAGAAGCGCCAGCAGAAACUGGAAGAGUUUUAACGCAACCCGCCGUCGGCAGUAAGGCACGGUAGUGUUUAGUGCUUCUGUUCAGUCUUAUUUUAUAACCGCCAAAUUAUUUUGGCAUCUGUAAUCUGUCAUCUUUUUGUUGUUUCCUUCUACAAUUUUUAAUGAAAACAGUAAAAUGUGCAGAUUUGCCAUUUAUUUUAUUCCACGUAACAAGCUAAACAAGUAGGGAUGGUUUUAAUCUUAUUUGCUCUAUCAACCUUCCUCCGUUAUCUCUGCGUUUGCAUUUGCUUGAAAUUAGCUAAGUUAAUUAGGUUGAGCUACGACCAACCGGAAUGAUCUGAGAGACAUCACGGAUGUGUUCGUGUUACAAUUUGCUUGUUUUACAUGUUCAUUACUCCUAUUAACGAUAAUCAUCGGUGAAGUCAAUGAAUCUGAAGAUGGUGAUAGAUAGAGAGUUUGUGAUUUUGUGCGAUGUAUGUCGCCCGGUUAUGUCGGAUUCCUGAAAUCAUGUUCCGUCCCCCAUCACCGAAGUAAUGGACGCCUAACGAUCUGGUCAAACAGUUAUGCUUUGCGUAGAUAUAUCAUCUUUCGUUUUCCUGCAACCCGUUAUGGGACUGUGGCAAAAAAUGUAAUGCAAAAUAUGUAAUGUUACCCAUAAUCUCCGGCAGCACAACAUGAGCGAAAUAAUGCAGUUUCCAGGUGUAAUGCUGAAGCAUCAUCGAAAAAGGGAAGAGAAAGGGACGCGAAAUAUGUUCUAAAACACAGGUGCCAGAAAUUGGGACAAAAAUUGAAUUACCUUGAAAAGUUAAACCUCAAUCGAUAGAACCCAAAAAAAUAAUCAAUACAAUACAAUAAAAUUUAAUUGAUUCGUAGUGGAGAAGAGAAAACGAUUAUACAAGUAUAUGAAACCUCUCUAACGUGAUUAAUCUUCAAGCAAAUGGAGAGUUUAUAUGCAGAAUGAAUUGCAAAGGCAGAUUGUAUUGCAAUAUCGAAAUUUAGGGUGAUUUGUACAGAGCUAACAGAAGGAAAACAUUACGAAGGGCUUAGGAUUGACAAACACUCACGUUCUCACCAAAGUUUAAAAAAAGAGAAAAUAAAGACGUUAUUUCAAUACGAAUAUUCACUCCCGACGUGUAAUAGGUACGUGAAGUGCAAUGAACAAGGCGCACAUUCGUCGAAACAAGCAAAUACUGAAAAAGUCUUAUGACUAGGAAGAAUCCGUAAGAAAAUCAAGCACGCUUAGAUGAAUGAAGAAAAAUAAAGUUCAACUUUAAG